AUGGGUGCUUCGGGAAAAUGGUUCAAGUCAUUUAUUCCUUUUCGAAAGACCUCAACUUCAACAACUGAUCAGGAGAAGGGUGGUGAAAACAAGAGCAAGAAGAAAUGGAAACUAUGGAGGGCUUCUUCAGAAGGGUCCACCGUGAAGAAAGUUGGCGAUGCUACUCUGCCUGAUUCUUCCUUUACUUAUGCGGUGGCUGUGAUGGUUCCCAAAGAUUUCAAGCUCAUCAAGCAGGAAUGGGCUGCCAUCCGCAUUCAGGCUGUGUUUCGAGCCUUUUUGGCUAGACGAGCUUUGAGGGCCCUGAGGGCAGUGGUAAGGCUACAAGCUAUUUUUCGAGGCCGGCUAGUCAGAAAGCAAGCAGCUGUCACUCUGAGGUGUAUGCAGGCUCUUGUUCGAGUUCAGGCGCGUGUGAGGGCAAGGAAUGUGAGGAAUUCUCCUGAAGGGAAAGCAGUGCAGAAAUUACUUGAUGAGCAUCGCAACCUAGCUGAUCCUUUUAAGCAGAUUGAGCAAGGAUGGUGUGACAUUCCUGGAACCAUGGAUGAAGUUAAAGCCAAACUACGAAUGAGGCAAGAAGGAGCUAUCAAGAGGGAUAGAGCAAUGGCAUACUCUCUCUCCACACAGUCAAGACUGAUUGCCAGUCCAAAUCCUAAAGCCACUAAUGCAUUGAUCCCUCUCAAGCAUCACAACCUAAGCAAUAAGAGCUUAGGAUGUAACCUGUUAGAACGCUGGAUGGAGGCCAAGCCUUGGGAGAGUCCAAUCUCCAGGAGGAGUGAAGACGUUGUUCCUGCUUUUCAAUCAAGAAAGAAUGGUGUGACAACUAGGAUUUCAGCUUUUAAACCUCUUAUAACCAGUCAAUCCACUCCAUCAUCCUCGGCCAUAAGCUCUGAAUACAUGUGUGAUGAUAGCCCUGCGUCAACUUCUUAUUCAGCUGGAUCUCCGUCUUUUACAUCCACCAAUACUGUUUUAGUGGAAGCAACAGAGGAAAGAGAUGUUCAUCAACCGAGCUACAUGAAUUUGACAGAAUCAACCAAGGCUAAGCUGAAAACUUGCCGGAGUUCUUCUCAGAAUUCAAAGAGUCUUGUAGUGGAGGAGUGUGUGUCUCACAGCACAACCACAGGUUGGAUGAUGAAUGGAGAUACUAGAAACAGUUCUAAUUCUGACCCUUCAGUUAACUUAAGGAAGGAUUAUUGUGCAACACCUCUGAGGGCAAGUUAUCAAAAACGACAAAUUGGGAUUUGA